UUGUUCUCUGACGGGAAUUUCCAGUCAGUCGAAGAGAAGCGUUUAAACUUAUUACGUGAAAGUCCGGAAAAAGUUCGUACGUCAUGUCACAAAGACGACAUAACACGCAAAUUCUGUUGUGUGUUUUCUUCACAGGUUUAUUUCUUGAAUUGAUUGAGUUAGGUCAGGGAUUACAAUGUUACACAUGUAAUUCAGAUAUUCAUAAUGAUUGUGCCAAUCCCACCUCAGAGAGACUCCAGAAUUGUAAUCUAACAAAUAUAAUACCAUUUUCAAUGACAAAUUCAAUGACAAAUUCAAUGACAGAUGACUCUACAUUUGAGGACAUUAUGACUGAUAAAGUUAUGUGCUAUACCGGACAUAUUACAUACAAAAAUGAAAGUGAAUAUAAAGAGAUAAUAGAACGGGGAUGCAUUUCCUCUAACUUCUAUUGUAACGAUAUUCUAUGUUUAUUUCCAUAUAAUGUGGAAAAUUGCCAUAUAGAAUUCUGUCAAAGUGACCAAUGCAAUUCUUCGGGUAUGGUAAAGAUGGGAAUAAUAUCACUACUUUUACCAUUAAUCACAAUUUUAUUACGUAUAAGAUAGAGAAGACGAUAUCUAUUACCAUAAUUAAUUAUGAUUAUUACCAUAUUAAUUAUGAUCAUAAUUUCAAACAAAUAAGGUAAUAAAGGCAUUAAUUGAAGAAUAUUAAAGUUAUUAUAGUCAUAUUUUGAGUAUAAAUUUAUUUUUUUUAAUUUAAAACUAUAAGAAUUUUCACUUUGGUUAAAAUGAAAAAUAUUUUGAUAAUGACUAUAAAGAAGGAAUAAAUUAUGUUAUUAAUUAUAGAAAAGUCUUUAUGUAUUACGACUUUAUCAAACAACUUCCGUGAAAUUUCAAAUUGUACAUUCAGGAUGAUAUGACGGAGAUUUGAGACUAAUUCGAACAUUUCAACAAAGUGAAAAAUUUUCUCUGUACGUUUAAGAACGAUACACCCAUUUGAGCGAUCACGGUACAAUGACCAUUUACCGAGGGGUAUCGUAUAUUCUUCAUGGUACAGCAAUUACGAUACCAACGCGGAACAGUUAUACGUCGUGUAUACUUCUUAUUGUAUAAGUAUAUCAACUUAAAAAUGUCGCGUUUCUAAAUCUGAAUUAGAAACAAAUCUGUUAGCACGUCUUUCAUAAAUAUAGGCACAUUUCGAAGUUUAAAAUAAAAACAUUGGUAGAUAAAAUAAAUUCUAUAUUUGUUAAUUUGAA